UGAUUGUUUAUACGAGAUGCUUGUGAUAAAGGAAUCUGUGGAUACACUGGAAUUUUAUUCAAAUUUUGCUUUUAAAUUAUUCGUUGCUACUAGUUAUUCUUCUGUGAACAGUUAUGUCGAUAGAGGAAAGCGAUACUACUUUGGUGGGACUCGAUUGGGAAACGUGGCAACGUGUAACGCAAACACGUGGUCUGGCGGCUGCUUCUGGUACAAAUUACGAUGCUGCUGCAAUGCCGUCACAGAAAGCAGUUUGUUACGGUUUUUAUCCUAGCAUUGAACUCGAAUCCAUGCUGCUAAUCAAUUGCAAGAAGUGUGGGUUAAUUUUGAAGGAUGUUGGCUAUGGGCAUCAUAUGCGUUCCCAGCAUGGUUAUCAGAUGAAUUCAGGCUCUGGCGACGAAUGUCAGUCAUUUCUGCUUUCUCCUCCUCAUCGUGUCGUUUCCCCACGUCUGGAAAUGCCCAUUCUCUCGCCACCGUAUCGGCGAUUAUCCACAUCGAUCGCAUCACCUAAGGAUAGCUCAGGUCGAAAUGGAAGUAUUAUAUCUCAGGCUACCUCAACAAGGUACUCCGUGGAACAGAAAGACGAUCUCAAGCUUUCAUUGCGAGUAUCCAGACAUGAAGUAUCAAGUGAAGCAAGUGGACAGAAUAAUUCAGCUCUGUCUAAUGGCACCAAAGAAGAAGGACGGAUAAGUGCUAAAAUUAAUCGGCGAUUAAAUGGCAAAAUGAAAGACAAGAAGGGAAAGAAACGAAGGCGAGAUUCAUCUGAUGAAGACAACUUCUCUUUAGAACAUUUUCGACAGAAAAAACGCUUGUCUAAAAAAGAACAAAGUGUUGGAGAAGCGAAUGAGUCAGCAUCGAGUAAUGUUCUUAUUAGGCAUGAUAAUACGGGUGAUAGUCAUAUUGAUAAUGAUGUUGCAACAGCUUCUCAAAGCACGAAAGCUUCAACUGAGACUAAUGCAGUUCCUGCAGAAGCACUUGCAGAACCAGCUUCUAUGUCUAUUUUGUCGCCGACGGAUAAAAAAGUGCAGCCGGAAAUUACGUUGAGACCAAUCGACAAUAUAGAAAGGUUGUCAAAAGAACAGGAAGAAGCAUUUGAUGCAAAACAGCAAGCGGAAAUGAUGGUAAACUGUACUGGACAGUGGAAUGAAGUAGAUUUAGAUGCAUAUUAUGCAGAUUUAUCUCACGAUGUGGCAACAUGCCCAACUCUCAAAUCAGAAAAGGGCGAAACACAACAGAUUUGGACACCAAAUGCGAUAUUGUCACUGGAGGAUUCGAGUAAUGAGAGUCAUCUUUGUGAGGAUUCCGAUCCGCAUAGAUUUUAUGUACCAUCACCUCCCCAACUAUCUCCGGUAGCAGAGAAAGAGUGCUACAUGGACCCCGUAAUAGCACCUAUAGCCACUGCACAAGACGAGAUUUAUCAUGGCCAUCAUAUGGAGGAAAAUAUAUUGUUGCAACCUCAUGAAAGACUUAUUCCUAACGGGUACCAAGAAGUGGUCGAUUUGUCACGGCCAUCAUCUCUACAUCCAAACAAUGAUCUAGGUUCAAGUGAUUAUAGCGCUGUUCGUCAUCGCUGUGUGGUUUUAGACCAAGGUGAGGAGGAUGCAAAUGCAGGUCGUGGCAAUGUUGCAACCCGCUACCCGAUUGAGGAAAGGAUUGUUGCGACCGGACCUUGUUUCUAUGGUUAUCCACGAGGAGAGGUUUCGGAAGAUGCAAGAAGUCGACGUUUACCACAUGAUGAAGAAGGUUACAUGGGAAAUGAAUUCGGUCACAGAACACAUACUGCAGUGGAGCAAAAGAUAUGCUUGCCUCAUCAACAGCCUCGUUAUCCACAACUUGUUUCGGUCGCUUUCGUACCACAGAAAAGGAGCAGUCGGACAUGUUCAUCACCACCAAUGGAAGAAUUUUGUACUAGCGGUGUUUCAUAUCGAGAUGUCUAUAUCGACCCGGAACAGAAAAUUUAUUAUCCAAAUGCGAGGUUACUGACGGUACCAAUUAAUGGAAAAACAACUGUAGAUUAUCCACCACAAACAAGAUCUUCACCUCCCGAUAUUUUCUCGGCGGAGCAAAAUCAUGGAGUGCACGAUUUACCGGAUGAUGUAGAAAGAUUACCUCAGCUACCAAGUUUUCACAGUAAUAUGGUAGAGGGGAUGCAGAGGGAGAUUCGCGAUCCGAUACAGCUAGCGGUUGUUAACCAAGAGUCGCAGCAACAUUUCGAUCAGAUCGAUUAUAAUGUACGGUCUGAACGUAGCCGACUAUCUUUAGCAAGAAAUUCGGCUAUGAAAAUUGCUAAUGAAGCAAUCUCUGAACGUUCUUACGACUACAGCCCAAUGACAUCAGUCAAUCUUCCUGGAACUCGGAAUUCGAAUUAUGUCCCUCAUGUAACACGGAGGAAAGGAUUCGCGCCACGGGUUAUUCGCACCGUUCGUUCUCAUGUGGAUACGACGCAGCAACCUGCUACGCCGCAAGUAACACCGCAUGAAGUGUGCGUACCAAUUCAUGGUAGGACCGUGAUACGUCCAGAAUAUCGUUAUGUGUACAUACCGUCGAAAUCAUCGCAUUCUGCUGAUCUCGAUCAUAUAUAUAACAGGCAAAGGAAAGAUCGUGAAAGAGAGAUGAAUUUCGGCUGUACGGAAGUGCGGCAUGUAGAGCAUCACUCACGGAUCGAACCAACGGUAAGGCAGGUAGCCAUACAAAAGGUGCAACCAACUUUGAACAGAGUUCGGCCUUUAACUGCAACAAAUGUGGAAGGUGCGCGAACGGUGAAGGUACCAACACAUCGACGACUUGGUCAUCAUCAUUCUUCAUCUGGAACUGAAAAAUUAGUUUUUCAUCCGGAACUGAAAAAUGAAAGAAGUAAUUAUUCUGCCACUUCUGUCGCAGAUGUAGUACGUAUUAAUUCCAAAGAUCGGGUGUAUCAAGCUUGCAGCUACGCUGCUCCGGGUAAUAUACAACGGGGAGCGAACGCUGCAAGUAGAAGCAAGCACCGUUCAAAUUGCUCUUCGUAUCAGAUUCAGCAGAACACUGCUUCACGGCAAAUACGUAAGACAAAAGUAGCACCACCGACAGAUGAUAUGGAGAGUCGCUUUGGAGCUGAUUAUGUUGGUUCACAUUUACUGAAUAAUGGGAUGGUAAGAGAUUGUUCGUCGUUCGCAUUGUCAAUGGAGAAUCGUCCAAAUGUACCGCGUGGUAUCACUGUUCAAACAUCACAGCUGCGUAAUGCCUCUUUUGCUAGCAUUCGUAGUGGUAAUCGACGUACAGUUACUGUUGUUCCAGUACCGGUACUAGCAAAAUGCUCAAAUUCAACCCAUUACAAUGAUAGUUAUCGAACAUCUCUAUCUAGGACUGUUUCAUCCUCAUCAACUAAUCCCGGUAGUAUCCAUAUGUCAUCUUUCGCUUCGGAAUCGCACACUUUCUGA